AUGAUUAUUCACAUCUGGUGGUGUUCUGCCUUCCUGGUGUUGCACUUCCACUUCGCUCUAUCCGACGCGUUACCUCACUCACCGGAGGAAAUGCAGAAACGGACCGGACGCCGACGCAGACUGUCAGCUGUGGCGGCGACGAGGCCUAAUAUGCGGCCAUCGCACUCACCAACGGCCGGCGACGAGUCAGCGAUGCGCAAGACCAAACCCCCGGACAUUAGCGAGCGUACCAUCGAG